AUGGAGGAAGGCGAAGAAGAGGAUGUGGAGGAAACCGAAGAUCCUGUAUUUGAUAGUGAGGAGGUCGUUGACGAGGAAGUAGUGACUAGAGACACAAGAACGACACUGGUUGUUAGGCGUUCAUGCUUGACGCCUAAGGUUGCUGACGACAAUUGGCUGAGGCACAAUAUUUUUCAAUCCACGUGCACUGUCCGCGGAAAGGUGUGUCGUUUUGUUAUUGAUGCUGAACGUGCAUUGGUUUCUUUCUCCAUUGGCUUGAAAUAUAAAGAUGUUGUGUGGUAUAAUGUGGUGGCGAUGGAUGCAUGCCAUUUAUUGUUGGGGAGGCCUUGGCGGUAUGACCGCCGUGUAGUUCAUGACGGAUGGACUAAUUCAUACAGUUUCAUGUUUAAGAAUGUGAAGAUUGUGCUAGUGCCCAACAGAAAGUCAGAGAAACCAAUAUCUAUGGGUGGAGAAACAAAGCUCUUAUCAUUGGCGAGGUUCGAAGAAGAGGUGGACGAAUCACAGCUAGUUUAUGUGUUAAUCGGAAAAGAGGUGGCCGCUGAAGUGUCAGUCCCAACCACAGCCGCACCCGUAGUGGCUGAGUUUGUGGACAUCUUUCCCAAUGAGCUUCCCUAUGGUUUACCACCCUUGCGUGAUAUUCAGCACGGAAUUGAUCUGGAGCGAGGAGCGGUACUGCCAACCCAUUACAGGAUGAGUCUUAGGCAGCAUGAGGAGUUGCGGAGUGCUAACAAAGCAGAGCAUCUCCAGCAUCUGCGGGCAGUUCUGUGUGUGCUUCACAGAGAGAAAUUCCAUGUUGCCCUUAAGAAGUGUGUAUUCAUGGCAUCGAAGGUCUCAUUCCUUGGCUAUGUGGUCUCCGGCGACGGAUUGAAGGUAGAUGAGUCCAAAAUCGAAGUGGUGAAGCAAUGGCUGCUACCGAAGCCAAUUACUAAAGUUCGCAGCUUCCAUGGACUAGCUUUCUUUUAUAGGCAUUUCAUCCCUCACUUCAGCACAAUUAUAGCGCUUAUAACAAAUUGUAUGAAGGGUGGAAAAUCUGUCGCAUAUUUUAGUGAGAAGCUGUCCGGGGCUAAGUUGAAGUAUGGUACCUAUGAUGUGGAGUUCUAUGCAGUGCACAAGUUGGGUGUGACAAAUUGGGUGGCUGACGCAUUGAGCCACAGGACCAAUUUGUUGGUCAGCCUGCAUAUAAAGGUACCUGGUUUUGACUAUCUUCGUGAUUUGCUUGAGACUAAUCUUUAUUUCUCUAAUGUUUUGGGGAAAGUUCGUGCUGGAGAGAAAUCAGAAUUUUUGCUGAACGAUGGGUUUCUGUUCAAGGGCAACCAAUUGUGUAUCCCAAAUUGCAGCCUCCGUUUGAAGAUUAUUAAGGAGUUGCAUGGAGAAUGCCAUGUUGGGCGAGAUCGAACGUUACAGUUAGUGCAUGGCUCGUAUUUUUGGCCGACCAUACGCAAAGAGGUGGACAAGUACGUGCAAAGGUGUUGGGUCUACAACGUGUCCAAGGGAACGGCUACCAAUGCUAGGUUGUAUAUGCCGUUACCAGUUCCAGCGCAGCCUUAG